UGUCUUUCAUCAAUCAUUUUCUAGAUCCUCCACUCCACUGCCUUGUAAUAUCUCCAAACUGAAUAAGUACAUGUGUGGAGAUUUGAACAGAGAGGGCCAGCUCUGUGGAAGGUGUGUGAAGGGGUUUGCCCCACCGGUUUACUCAUACUCCCUCAGAUGUGUCAACUGCACUGACUACCAUCUCAACUGGCUCAAAUACAUUGGAGUAGCCUUUGGCCCACUCACACUGUUCUGCCUCCUCAUCUGUCUCUUCCACAUCAGUGCAACCUCCCCCUACCUUCAUGGGUUUGUGUUCGCUUGUCAGAUGAUCACUUCUCACACGUUGGCGAGACUCCUAGUUAAUAGCAAUAUCUUCAAUCCUUUAGAUAAUUGGAAAACUUUGAUUCUCUUAUCAAGGAUGUAUCUAGGUUUGGUGAGCGUUUGGAAUCUGGAUUUU